AAGAAAACAACAUGGCGGAUGGCACUCAAAACUUUAUUUCAAAUUUAGAUUAGUAUUUAGGAUAUUUCACACUAUAGAGAACCAUGGGAACAACAUUUUUUGAAAUCGGAGCUGCGAAUAUACUUUAUCCAUCGCACAGUUGUAAUGAAAUAUAAAUCUAUAUUACCAUAAUAAAAAUUUCAAUCAAAUUGGGCAUUUUUCAAACUCACAUCAGAAAUGAAGACAGUGAAGUGAAAGUGACCGACAGUUUCAAUGACAAUAUUAGAUCUACAGAAUUGGACUAUUCAACACUAAGCUUUAAUUUUGGAAUAAUGAGACAUGAUACAGAUAUGACUGAUCACCUAAAGAGACUUUCUCAUAUGUGUUUUCAGUUGAAGCUUUCAUUGGAAAGUUAAUUUUACGCCAUCACAGUGUAUAAGCUUACUGCAUCAAGUCUUUAGGGUGUCAUUUAUCCAAUCCAGUAGUUCUUGUACACUGCAAGAUUCUCACAGUUAUCAUUAAAGAAACAAACAUACAAAAUGUUUCGCAAGUCAGGAAGUGCAUCAUCUGUCAAUUCGCUACUUUCAAGAGCAAAUGCACAAUUAAGAGGUCAAAAGGUAGCUGAAGGUAGACAAGAGGCUAAGGUUUCAGACGAUGAUGAUGAUUUGCAGGCUUAUCUCACCUCUCUGACAAAGAAAACCAGUGGGGUUACCUCCAAUUUUGAAGAUUUGAGUGACAUAUCAAUGAAUGAUGAUGAUGUCGUAGUUGAACCUAAGUCAAGAAGUAACACUUCAUUUAGCAAUAAGUUCAUGAAGAAGAAACCAAACUCUACAGAGAAUACUCCUGUAAAAUUGAACAAAUCCAUCACUGAUCCGGAUCUUAAAUCGAAUAAACCACUUGUGAAUAAAUCUGGUAGUGUGUCAUCUGCUUUGAAUAAAGUAGCAUCAUUCACCAGUAAAUAUGCAAAGCCCAAAAAACUAGUAAACCUUAGUGAUAGUGACCUUGACAUGGAUAUUAGUGUGGAUGAGGAUAUAAUGAAAGAAGUUCAGAAUGAAAAGAAAUUUAUAAACCGAAAAUCGAAACCUCCUGCAAAGCCUACCCAAUCAUUAAAAUCACAAGAAUUUAGCAAGUCAGCGUCACUUCAAAAUAAAACCCAGACAAAUUCAUUCUCAAAAGAAAACUCUGACACUGAUGACAACCAAGUAAGGAACAAAUUUUUAAAGAAGAAACCAGUAUCUGAAAACACUUCUAAAGCACCAACUGCCAAAUCCAAUGGUGGUUUUCUUAAAGAUAUGAUGGGUCGGCAAUCAGUUGAAACACCUAUAAUGAGUGAUGAUUCUGAUGAGAUUAACAAUGUACAGUUUAACAUAGGAUCUAGCAGUGAGAUUAGUGAGGUGGAAGAACGCAAUAGAUUCUUGAAGAAACCACUGAAAUCUGCUGGAAAACCCAUAGCUACAUCAACUCCAUCUAAAGGUAAAUCAGGUGGCAUCAAGUUAGGCAGUAAAUCAGGGGGCAUCAAGUUAGGCAGUUCAUUGAAGUACUCUACAGAUGUUGUCUUAGACUCUGAUGAUGAAGACAUGGCUGAAUACAUUGCAGGACUUAAGUCAAAUACACCUUCCCCAGAACCAAGAAAAACAUCACUUACGAAACCUAAUGAAGCUCGGAUAAAGAAAGCUGAGAAGGUGACUUUUAGAAGCAAAGAUGAUGUUAGGAUACAAUCUGCGCUACCUAGUGAAGAAAGCAUCCCAGAUAGUGUCUCUGAUGAUUUUGGUCCAGUUAUGAACGUGAUGGAUUUAGACUCCCUAGAGGCUGCUAGUAUUCCAGAUACCCCUAGUCCAGUACCCACACCCAGUAAGAGAUCACACGCACAGAAAAAUAAACCAAGUCCAAAAAUGAUUCUUGAAAAAGAUUCCACAUUCAAUAAGCACACAAAGGAUAAAACGAAACACAAGAGUAAUUUAAAAGAUAAUGAUAUAAUUAAAUCAAAAGAUAAAGACAAAGCGAGAGACAAAUCAAAAGAAGCAACGACUAGUCUGUUCUACAGUAUGGGACUACAGAGUGUCGAUGAUUUACUGGGUAGUGUAGACUCUGAGAAACAGAUUCAGAGUGAAAUGUCUGAUAUCCAAACAGUGCCAAGUGAAGUGCAAUCUAGUUAUAAAUAUGACAGUGAUUUCGAGACUGAUGCGCGAACAAUGACACCAAUGUCCAUCAGAUCAGGUGCACGAACCCAGAGCAGGCUCUCUGAGAUAUACACUGAGGAUUUUGAGUCUGAACCCAGCGGGUCAAAAUCACCUGUUAGCUCUGUGAGUGACCGCACUAUGACAGAAGUUGAUGAGACAGUUAGCGUUACAUCCAGUGUGACGUUGCCUGAUACUGGCAGUCCUCGCCCUGGAACGAAGAUGUCUGAAUACACAGAUGAGUUUCACUCUGAUAUCAGUGAAAGUGUUGCGUCUAAUUCUGAUAAACAUACCAGUUAUUCUCAAUCGAGUUAUUCAUCAUCUUCGCUGUCAAAGAGUGAGAGAACUCCUCCAAAGAAAAGAAAAGAUGAAAAGGAGACUUCUAAGAAGAAGAAAGCUGCUAAAUCACGUACAGUUGAGGUACAAACAGGGGCAGAUAUUGCAUUAUCUUACCAAUGGGAUCCCACCCAGGGGCAGUCAGCGUACAUGGGGGACAGAUAUGGUCUGCAGUAUGUAGAUCCCACCCCUAUAGCCAGACAGGCUGUCAAUGCCGAUGCAUUAGAAGCUAUGACAUCCUACAACCCGGCAAUGUUAGCCUUGAAUGAGAUGAUGAGAGAACAGUUAAGGUUGACUCAGCAAUUUAUGCAGUCACAAAAAUAUCUCCAUCAAUCAUUGGCACCAUCUAUUGACCAGAGUGACUACAAAUACACCACACUAGAAGAUACUAAACAGUAUAUACGACGUGAGAGGAAAAAGAGGAAGAAACUGACGUUUGAAGAGGCAUUGAAGAUGGUUCAACAGGAGAUGGAUGAUAGAUAUUGAAAACUCUAUUCACUAGUGCCAUCUUUAUGAAAACAUUAAAUACAGAUUUGUAUUACUUGAAAAUAUGUCAUUGGAACGUUGACUUUGCAUUGAUAAAUGUAUGACCAGCCAACCAGGAGUUCAAUGAUGGUAGAGGUAAUGAAGAAUUUCAGUUUAUCUUCAUUAUUUAUAUCAUUAGAUUCGGACUUCAAUAUAUGGACACUAAAAUCACUUUUUGGAGGUCAAUUUUUUUCAUGGAGAAUGACAGGGUCAAUGUAUUGGUGAUGGGAGGGGGGGGGGUUAAAGUCCAUCAUAUUCUCUUAUUGCAUGUUGAUUUCUAAUAGGAAGGGACUUUUAAUUUGAUGAAAUUGAAAAAAGUUCAAUAUCAUAUUGAAGGAGGGAUGUUAUAUAUUACAUUUUGGACAG